AUGAGGUCCAAAUCUUUGACUGAUUGCUCCGGGAAAUGCCCAAAUCACCCGGAAGAGAAUGUCACGUGGUAUUGUCGUUUUCAUUUUCAGCCUGGCUGCCAUAUUUGUAAAGUAGAACACCCUGAAAAUUGCAACUCUGAAUGCGUUCCGGAUAACAACGAAAAUGCAAAUGCUGAAUACGUGAGUAACAUUAUUAAAGAGAUGGACAGUUUCGAGACGAAAGCAAAUGACAAGAUAACAAAAGCAAAGAAGAAUCUUGAAGACGUCGAGUCCUAUUACGAUUCAGAGGUCGAAAAGAUCAGGCGUAUGUGCAAGAUGCUGAAAGACCACAUUGAUUCCCUGGAAAAUAAUGCCUUAAAGGAAGCGAAGGAGUUAUUUGAAGAAGAUAAGAAAACAAUGGAAACCAUUAUCGAUAAUUGUGAAGAUGCUAGGGAAGAAAUACAAAUGGUGAAGAAAAAGACAUUAAAAGAUAGUAAAAAAUCGAGCAGAAAUUCUUCUCUGCGAAAAAGCAAUCCCGACAUUAUCAAAGUAAAAGCAGUACUGAGUCAGAAUGAAAAAUGCAACAGCGUUCGACAUUAUCACUUUGAACCUGACGAAGGCAUGUUUCAAUAUAUUUUGGGGUGUAAUGAAAUUGGAAUCAUGCAUGUUGCUGAUGAAGGGUGCGUGUCUGUUGAGAACGCAGAUAGUGACAUUCCCACUGACUCGACUGCAACAACUGACGAUGACAUUCGUCCCGUUGGGAUCAAUGGUCAAGAAGAAGAACCUGAGUCUAAAUUCCUUGGGACCAUACGUGUUAAAUCGAGGUCCGAUAGAAACCCCUGCUAUAUCACAGGCAUAUCCGUGCUCUCAAAUGAGGAACUUGUUAUUGCUGACAGCCAAAACAAUUGUAUCAAAAUGGUUGACAUCGAACGAAAGAAAAUUUCUUCAUAUUUGAAGAUGUCGUUCAGUCCACAAGACGUGACUGUAGUAAACAAUAAUCUACUUGCUGUAACAUUACCUUGCGCGUUCCUCAGUAUGAUUCAGAUUGUAACAAGAUUCGGUCCAUUCAGAUGGAGGACAAGUCACAGCUUGAAGGCAAAUGGCAAUUGUUACGGGAUAACUAGCACUUCUGACAAGUUGAUAGUUUCCUUCACCGCUCCUCCAAAAGUAGAAGUUCUUUCACUUCAAGGGGAAGUUCUUAAUACCCUAGAUACUAGUGCUGAUGGCCACCAAUUGUUUAACCAGCCUAGACAUUUGACCGUGUCUGAAGACAAACAAUAUGUGUACGUAUCUGAUAGGGGCAGUGGAUCUUUAACAAGACUUGCACUAUCUGGUGAUAAAGAUGACAUCAUUCAAAUCUCACAGGACACCGGUUGGCAUAUUUCUCCGGAAGGAAUAGUAACAGCAGAAGACUCUGUACUGGUAUGCGAUAUGGGUUCGGAAGAAGGCAACGUGUAUGCAUUUCAAGAGGAUCUGAGCGAGAAAGGAAUCGUGUAUGACAGCAAAGACGGGAUACGGUACCCAAAAACUAUCUGUUAUUCUCCGUACCAAAAUAAAGUUUUCGUUACAUGCCAUGGUGAGAAGGUUCGAAAUAAGAUAUUCUUAUUCAAACUGUAA